AUGUAUGAGCGCCCCAGCAUGAUUGUCUGCCAGGCGGUGGGAGCCGAUGGUCGUGUGGCCGGCCAGCUGUGUUGCGGCGUAUCUCUCAACGCUACUCUCAAGUUCACUCGAAUCCAAUUGCGCAUUCCCUUACGUGUUGCAAGUUCUUCGUGUUAUUUCAGCUGGCUUGCAGACAGCAGGCUACCCCCAUGUCCUCGAGGAACCCCCCGAGAUGUCACCGUCUCCACUACCGCUUGCAAGUGUGCGUCCACUCCAAAGGACCCCUCCGUCAUAAUCUGUGGCUGUUUUCCGUCGAGGAACUGUGGUGCUGUGACGCAGUUAUGCCCCACCCCCACCUCCCUUCUCAUGGCCCUGACUUGCUGA